UUACAUCGCUUUCUGUGCUGCCUCCCUUUCCCCGGGUUGUAGUUUAUAAUUCGUUCAUGUUGGGACUUGUCUUUGUAUAUGAUGGCAAUAAUUUGUUUCUGUAAAGACUGGUAAGGAGAUUAAGUUAGUCACACUUUCAUUUUAUUCGGAUGUUCAAUCAAUUUAGUUGUCCUCUAUUUCGUUGUACCCCCGUGUUACAAUGACACUAAAGACUAUUCUAUUCUAUUCUACAGUCUACAUCUGUCGAAUGUAAAUAAAGGCCAUCUGCUCCGAUAUGUAAACACCACAUUGGCUCCUCCUAUUGGGCAGUGAUUACCAUGUAUCCCCGCCUAUUAAAACAAUUCUGCAAUCUAAUUGGUUAUUACCCAAAGUACCGCCCUGACCGCCCACGACCCUCGCUGUUCACUUCACCUCCUACUGGACAUUGGACCGCCCACACGAUAGAGGACAAAAACAACUAGCAUCUUCACAUAAUUAAUUUAAAACAACAUAGAUAUAUAUCGAACUCACAGUGUAAACGUCAAACUACUGUAACCGAAAGCAACAGCAGCAGGAAGUCAUGGUUUCUCCGGCCACUGUGGUGAAGAGUGAAGGCCCUAAACUGGUGCCAUUCUUCAAGGCAACCUGUGUAUACUUUGUCCUGUGGUUGCCCACCUCGAGUCCAUCCUGGUUCAGUGCUCUUAUCAAAUGUCUGCCCAUCUUCUGCCUGUGGGUCUUUCUACUGGCACAUGGUUAUAGCUUCCUGUGUACAAACUCCAAUGCCCGCAAGAUUCUGGCUGGCCUUAUUUUCUCUGCUCUGGGUGAUGCUUUUCUUAUCUGGCAGGAGCAAGGCUACUUCAGCCACGGUCUUCUGAUGUUUGCCAUCACCCACAUCCUGUACUCAUCUGCCUUUGGGAUGAAACCCCUCAAUGUGCUCGCUGGUCUCCUGAUCUCUGCCGUGUCCUCUGUGACCUACUGUCUUCUGUACCCCUAUCUCUCUGGCCCCUUCACCUACCUCGUGGCAGUCUACGUCGCUCUGAUCGGUUUUAUGGGCUGGAGGGCCAUUGCCGGCCUCCAACUUGCUAACGACCUGUGGACCUGGACCAAGAUGUCAGCCUGUCUGGGAGCCGUGCUUUUCAUGGUCUCAGAUCUCACCAUUGCCGUCAACAAGUUCUGCUUCCCCGUGCCCCACUCACGUGCCAUCAUCAUGGCUACUUAUUACGCCGCACAGAUGCUGAUAGCCCUAUCGGCCGUCGAGUGCCAGGAUGUGGAGAUUGCCAGGAAGAGAACGUGAGGUACUGUGGUCUCCCAUGGAGGCCCGCCACAGGGCUGGAAAGAUGGCAGUUAAUCCUCCCUUCAAACCUAGAGUGAUCAUGGACACAUCUCUCUGCUAGAACCCCAACUUUGUGCCCUGUGAUUAGGCUGUGUUCAGACUGCAGACAAAUUUAUUCACUACACAUUUUUUAUGUUUUCCAAACAUCAAUUCUUUUGCAUGUUUUCCUCUACAUUCCUGCAAAUGUAAGAGACAAAUGUAGGAAAAAAUGGAUGCAAAUCAUCUUGCUGUCCAAAUUGAUGCUGUGCAUUUGCAGUAUUGCUGCACCAACUUAAAUUGAUUUAAGUGGUCAGAAAUUUCAAAGCCAAUAAAAUGCCUUUAGAUGAGUGUCAUGAGGAAAAAAAAAAUACUGCAGUCCAGACUUUCAAAAAACAAACUGAUAACAGUAUCUGUAAAUGUGAAACAAAUCUGUCAGUCUGAACAAGGCCUCAGUGGGAACAUGGUGUACCACUACAAUAUCUGUUCUUACCAUGAAGAUAGUGUAGUAUUAUCUUCAUUCUGUCCCGACAACAAUCCUACCUGUAUCCUCUGAUUCUAGAAUAGCUAUCUCUGAACCUAGUUCCAGUGGAGACAAAUGUAGUCAUUUUUGUUAAUUUAAGGGGAUGUCUCUGGGGACCUUCAAGGCGUGUAUGUUUGUUUGUGUAAAUGAGUGCGGUUGUGUGUGAGUGUUUGCUUGUAUGACUGACAAUUUUACCUCAUUUUCCCACACAAUCUUAACUUACAGAUCUGGUACAGCCUUGGUAUUAAUGCUCAACCUCAGAUUUGUGGUCGUAAGGAAAAGUUCACACCUGGUUCAUUUGGUGUCGACCAGUGGCAAAAAAAACCAAUCAUCGGGUGACCCUGCUGACAUUCCGAAUGAUGAGAAUUGUUUGUGACAUGUCUUACUUUACGCACAUGCUGUUGUGUCGUCAGGGAUGAUCUUACUGUGAAGCUGCAGUGGGUCAGAGAAUGUCAUUCUGAUAAGUCCUCCUCAGGACAUUUCAUCAGAUCUGAAGAUGUAUUUAGAACACAAUGAAGAACAUUUAGAUCUAUACUUAGACCUGCCCUUUUGUCGUGCCAUCACUCAGGAUGAUUAACGAUACCAGGUCUGACCAGGGUCAUAGUGACGAUGUGGUCCAAUCAUACAGUUUAACCACUUACUUCUGUCUUCGUUUUUACUAUACACCUUUCUCAAAAGGGAUCUUUUAAAAAAAUGGUUUUCUCGAUCCGUCCCCUGUUCAUUUUCCUUUAAUAAGGGUGCUGUUGUUUAUAUCAGUCAGAGCCACGUGUGUUGAGAAUUGCAAUCUUUUGUUUUCCUUUGUUCACUUUGUGACAUUUCUACACCCAGUAUCUCUGACUAACAUUCUGGUUGACUUGGAGGGUAGACAAACAAAUUUGCAGCCGCAUUUGGAUAUUCUGGUGUUGAGUUAGAGGAGGCUGUGUUUGUUUUUCACAUGCUGUAUUUUCCUGCUAUAUUUGUUUUUUGAUGCCUUCCUGCUUUAGAAUAAGCACAGCAGUGGUCGGCACCUGCUCGUUAUUUUGUGUGAAAGUGUUUAACAGUGUUUUUGCUGGGAGUCAUGUUCACAAUCCUGACACCUUCAUCCUCCCCCAGGCUUAGUUAUUAGAACAGUUCACAGGCAUCUGACUGCUGGCGUGGUUCAGCUGACUCAGUCAUGCUGCCUUUGGUUUUGGAUCAUGUCUUAGGGACUAACACCAAAGAGCUAAUGUGCUAGCUGGAAUUUAUUUCGUAAAGAAAAAAAGGUUACCAACCUUUUGAAAUCAUGUGAGAAUUUUAUUUUUCCCAUUAUUCCUUGAAUACGUUUGUUUUGAUCCUGGUUAAUCCUGAUGUGCUCUCUGUUUGAACGUGGUGUGUUCUUUUUGAGUAGGCAUAUACUGGGAGUGGGGUGGAUGAUUGCCUUAUAGUAAAAAAAUCUAAGAUACAGUGUUUGUACGUUUGCGUGCUCUCCUUGUGUACAUGGGGGUCUGGGUUCUCUGAAGACCACAGUUUCCUCCAAAUGUCCAAAAGGACACUCUUUAAAAUGAAGUUAACAGUGCACUCUAAAUAUAGACCAUAGGUUAGAGUGUUGGGAUUGGCCACUGCCCCCUCUGCAGCCCUGAACAGGACUAAGCUGCAGAUGAUGAAUAAAUAAAAUAAUAUGUACAACAGUGUUUAAUUAUAACUAUAUCUAAAACCACUUGAAGAGAUGAGACUGGAAUCUUUUUUUAUUUUUAGGCAGUUUCAAACAAGGUUCUUAAAACUGUGGGAAACCAUUCUUCAAAUCCAUCACCACGUUAACUUGAGACAUUGGUGUUUGGAUUAAAGAUGGAAUGCAUCCAGUCAUGAGAUGUUGUAUAACAUAAAAAAACAAACAUGGGUGGUCAAAAAUGAAUCCAUGUCAUUGGUUCCCAUUUUGCAGUGAUACCAGGACCUGUAAACACACCCACAUGUGUGCAAACAUGCAUAUACAGAAACACACAUCACGUGUAUUUAGGGUCAACAUCAGCCACUGUGACUGAUCUGCAGGCAGAUUAUAGUGACCUUGUUUUAUUUUUCCCAUAUUAAACACUAAUUUGCCAGAAUAGUUCCUCAGUCUUUUUUUGGCACAUCAGCAUUGAGCUCACAUGACAGCAACAUUUCUGCUCUGUCAAUGGAAAGUUUGUGAGGACAUUCGUCUGCUGCUGGAAGUUUCACUUGUCUCUGCAUCAUUGCAGCGAAUUCAUAGUCAGCAUUAUACUCCCACUUCCUAUUUGAAGUAGUUUCUAAAAGACAUUUGAGACUUGUUUAUAAUAGUGAAAAUAUAGUUAAAGUGAUAUCCAGCCACUGUGCUGUGGCCAUGAGAGAUCGUCAGGUGUGCCAUAGAAAGUUAUUUGUUUUCGUUUAAUUGGUUUUUAUUUACUGAAUUUGCGUCUUGUUUGACCGAGCUUUAACCAUCUGUGUGUUUUCUUUCAAUUCCUGCGAGUUGUGUUCAACUAAACAGGCCCUGGUGUCACGUUGUGAGAGAGAAUAAGGUGUAAUAAGGUUUUGUUGUCUGCUUAGUUCUCCAUUUAUUUUUUCUGAAGCAACAAAAUCCAUGUUAAAAAAACUCAGUCUGGAAGCUAAAAGAUGUGUAAGCGUCUACUGCUACAUUUGUUUAGCAGCAGAUAACGCCACUGUGGGCCUACUAUAAAACUGGAGUUGUUUGGCUUGGUGGAAGUUGGUCAUUAUUUUACGUACAGCCCUUUUGUGUAUCCAUCAACCUUUUGUUUUACAGGAGAC